CAAAUGGAAUUCAUCAAUGAAGUGCAUUUGUUAUAGGUUGCCAUACUGGCAAAGUCGUAAAAACCAUCAAUAUGAACAGAUUAGCUCAACUAAAACUCUUGGUAUGGAAAAAUCUCAAGAUACAGAAGAAGCACAAACUUGCAACUGCAUUUGAAAUUGGGCUGCCAAUAUGUAUGGUAGUCAUACUUGUGAUAAUACGUCAUUACAUUAGUAAAGAAGAGCAGUGUACCACAAACAAGGACAUGGGAGGGUAUUGCGAUUACACACUGUUUACACCAGCAUUAUUCCCCCUAAUACCUCCCUGCACCACAUUGCAUUGUGACCUAAAUGUCAGCUUUGCUCCUGACAACAACAUGACUAGACUAUACAUGGCAGCCAUCAAGAAUUACUAUGGACUCAACACUAAAGGGUUUGCCACCGAAGAUAAAAUGGUCGCGUUUUUGGGGUUACAGAACAACACAAAGAGCAGUCCUCACUCAGUAUCACCAUGGCUGGGAGGGAUAGUGUUUAACACAACAAACAAAAACAAGAUCCACUACUCGAUCAGACUAGAUGCUGUACCUCGGUUAAAGAACCAUUCUGAACCAAAAGUUAAAAACUGGAGAACCAGAUGGGUGUAUCCAGUGUUCCAAGUGAUAGGACCACGAGAGAUAAACAACAGUUUUGGAGGAGACCCAGGCUACUUCAGAGAAGGGUUCCUGGCAUUGCAGCAUGCAAUAGACAGGGCCAUUAUCAUGAGCGAAACUGGCAAGUUUCCACAACCAGUGGUUAUGAAAAGGAUGCCCUACCCAAAGUUCGAACUGGACGGUUUUAUCUACGUUAUAGAAAAUACUCUUCCCUUCCUACUCCUCAUCGCUUUUCUGGCCAUGAACAUAAACGUUGUGAGAGCUGUGGUAACUGAAAAGGAAAAACGGAUCAAGGAAGCGAUGAAGAUAAUGGGUCUAUCCGGCUGGGUGCAUGCAGUGGGCUGGUAUAUUGAGAUAAUGAUGGUCAUGAUAAUACCUGUCAUACUUAUAGCUAUCUGUCUCAGAUAUGGGCUCUAUCUUUACAGUGACCCUUCUCUCCUCUUCGUAUUCUUACUCGCAUACACGAUAGCCAGUAUCUCGUUUAGUUUUCUUAUCUGCACCCUGUUUUCCCGCGCUAAUGUCGCUGCUGGCGCUGCUGGUGUCUUCUGGUUCCUCAACUAUUCGCCCUACUUCUUUUUACAGCAAUUCUACGAGAAUAUGAGUGUUUCUCAGAAGUUAGGAGUGUCACUGCUUUCUAAUACUGCUAUGGGUGUCGGCUCCAAGGUACUAGCAGAACACGAAGCAGCGGAGAUAGGGGUCCAGUGGGCUGACUUCCUCACAGACACUAACACUGGAGACUUACCUUUUGGGAGUAUAGUACUGGUCCUCGUAUUCGACACAUUCCUCUACAUACUGCUAGCCUGGUACAUAGAAGCAGUGUUUCCAGGGGAGUUUGGAGUACCUAAGAAGUGGUACUUCCCUUUCACUCCCUCUUAUUGGGGCUUCUGUCAGAGCGAGCAGUUUGCAGACAUGAUCAUCACUGUACGGAAGUUAACUUACGAGACGACCCCCCUGGUAACCAACUCCAGUGCUAUCCAGCGUAACGCUUACUACGAGACAGUAGCACCCAGCAUGGACCCGAUAGUAGAUAUACAGAACCUGACUAAACAGUACCCUAACAGUAGUGUUAAAGCUGUGGAUAACCUCAAUCUGCAGCUGUAUAAGGGGCAGAUAUUCGCUCUGUUAGGACACAAUGGAGCCGGCAAAACUACUACUAUUUCUAUGCUUACUGGACUGUACCCUCCAAGUAAAGGUACAGCGUACAUAAUGGGGCGGGAUAUAAGAACCAGCCUAGCUGCCGUCAGGAGACAGAUAGGGUACUGUCCUCAGUAUAACGUGCUGUUUGAUGAGCUGACUGUGGAGGACCAUCUCAUCUUCUUCUGCUUUCUCAAGGGUAUGGACAGUGCUAUAAGAUACGAAGUAGAACAGAUGAUUCAGGCUCUGGGUCUAGAGGAUAAGCGGCAUGUCGUCUCUAAGAAACUGUCAGGAGGUAUGAAGAGGAAACUGUCCUGCGCUAAUGCUCUUAUUGGGAACAGUAAGAUAGUAUUCCUUGACGAACCAACUGCAGGUAUGGACCCGGCUGCUCGUAGAUCUACCUGGGACCUACUACUAAACUACAAGAAAGACAAGACAAUAGUUCUAACCACACAUCAUAUGGACGAAGCGGACCUGCUCGGGGACCGGAUAGGAAUUAUGGGCAAGGGUAAUCUAUGCUGUGUCGGAUCUUCCAUGUUCCUAAAGAAGCAGUUUGGAAUUGGUUACCACAUGACCAUCGUGAAGAAUGAGGAGGUCUUCAACACUGAGGCGAUGAACAACUUCGUUACAACUUACAUACCAGGAUCUAAAAUAGAAGGUAAUGUUGCCUCGGAGAUCUCCUUCCUACUCCCUGAAGAUCAAGUGUGUAACUUUGAGCGGUUCUUUACCGACCUGGAGCGGGAGCAGCACCAUUUGGGAGUAGACACCUACGGGCUGUCUCUAACUACACUAGAGGAGGUGUUCAUGCGAGUAGAGGAGCUGGGAAGAGACGACACAGCCAGUCCCAACAAGCUUGCUAACGAGAUCUUCACGCGCGCGCGACAGAACGUGUCAGACUUGCUGCGCGGGGAGACGUCCCACGAGGGGGAGGUGGACAGGGAUAGGAGCGGGAGGAGCCGGGCUGUACAGAUACGAGACCACUUUAAUAAGGGUAGCAAACUAACACUACAGCAGAUGUGGGCUAUGGUAGUUAAGCGGUACUACUACUCCUUCCGUAACAUAAAGACACUGCUGAUGCAGCUCCUGAUGCCUGUACUCUUCACUAUGAUCCCUCUUAUCGUUAUCAAGAACUUCCCUUCAAUGACUGCAGCCCCACCACGUGACCUGACAGUUCUGAUGAAAGAUAACAUGUUUGACAGCAGCAAGAUAAUCUACCAGCCCGCUCUCAGUAGUCCAGCUUACGACAAGUUUAUAGACUCAGUCGGUAACAUGACGAAAGGGUACGUCAAAGGAAUAGAGAACAUCUCAGAUUUCCAACACAGUGACAACAUGACCCAGUUUAUUCUGGAGAAGAUAGAGAAGACACAUGGUCACUUUAACAAGGACUAUGUGAUGGGGUUCAGUGUUAUGGAGAGUCUCCGUGCUAGUCCGGAUCUAACAGUAUUGUGGUUCAACAACAGACCCUACCACACUAUACCUGUACUACUUAAUCUCUACACUAACGCUUACCUCAACUCUGUUGGAAGUGAUGUUACUGUCACUGUCACUGACAAGCCUCUUCCUCCUUCUACUUAUGAAAAGGUCAACAAUGUCAAUGACCAGAUAUUUGCGUUUAUGGUGGCUUUCAACGUGAUGUUUGGCUUUGCAUUCCUCGCUUCCUCAUUCGUCAUAUUUAUUGUAAAGGAGAGAAUCAGCGGAACCAGACAUCUCCAGAUGCUAAGUGGACUGAAUCCUAUUGUCUACUGGGUAUCUUCCUUUAUGUGGGACAUGCUCAACUUUCUCGUUCCUUCACUCCUAAUGCUGAUACUGUUCCAAACGUUUGGAGUAGAAGCGUUCUGUGGUUCUAACCUAGCUAUAGUGCUGUUAGUUGAGCUACUUUACGGGUGGGCGGUAAUACCUCUCAUGUACCUGAUGGCUAAUAUCUUUAAGAACGAGGUGGUCGCUUACACCAGGCUUAUCAUGCUGAACGUAUUGACGGGUACUGGAGCCUCACUAGUGAUCUUCAUCCUGAGUAUCCCGGAUCUGGGGCUGGAGAGUGUCGGUAAAACCCUAAAGUGGUUCUUUCUCUUCCUCCCUAACUUUGAUUUAGGACAGGCUCUGGGGGAUAUGUAUCUCAACUUCGUAAUCAAGACAGCUUGCGAGAAAUCGAUAUUCACGAAGAUUAUGUGUAAAGCAGAGAAUGUGGUCUACCAAACGAACUUUUUGGCCUGGGAGAACCCUGGCAUCGGCAGGUACGUUGUGUGGCUGGCUAUGCUAGGGUUCGUGUUCCUAGGACUGGUAGUACUCCUAGAGUAUAUCAGCAUCAACAAGUACAAACAGAAGCUAUCACAACCGAAACCUUUCGUUCCUGAUCCUUACGAGAAUGAGGACGUGAAGCGAGAGAGACAGGAGGUGCUGAACUCCACACUGACUGACUACACAGUAAGGAUAGAGAACCUAACCAAGGUGUACGACUCUGGUAAAAACACUCUCACUGCUGUAGAUCACCUCUGUCUGGGAAUACCUGCGAAGGAAACCUUUGGGUUGUUAGGGGUAAACGGAGCUGGCAAAACUAGCACCUUCAAGAUGCUCACUGGUGACCUACCAAUAUCGAGUGGUUCAGCUACUAUCUGUGGCUAUGACGUCACAACUGACAUUAACUCUGCUAGAAAGUUUAUAGGAUACUGCCCUCAGUUUGAUGCCUUUAUCGAGUGCAUGACUCCUAGGGAGCAUCUGAUGAUGUAUGCCCGACUGAGAGGAGUUCCAGAAGAAGCAGUAGUAGCCAUUGUAGAGCGAACACUGAACGAGCUCAGCUUACUGACUAACGGUAACGCUGACAACCACGCCUCAAAACUCAGUGGUGGCAAUAAGAGGAAGUUAGCUACAGCUAUAGCAGUAAUCGGCUACCCACCCGUAGUGUUCCUUGACGAGCCCACAGCGGGGCUAGACGUGGCUGCACGCCGCGCGCUCUGGGAGGUGCUGUGUAAAGUCCGGAAACUGGGAACUGCUAUCAUACUUACUUCACACAGUAUGGAGGAGUGUGAAGCGUUGUGUACGAGAUUAGCUAUCAUGGUUAACGGUCAGCUCAAGUGUAUAGGAUCACUACAGGAGUUGAAAUCAAAGUAUGGUGCGGGCUACAACGUACAAGUUAAAGUUAAGUCAGAUUCUAACGGACAACCAGAGACUACUCAAGUACAGGGCUUCAUGAGACUACACUUCCCAGAGGCUAAACUAGAGGAGGAGCACCACGGGUUACUACAGUACAUAAUACCUAAAGCUUACAACGUCACUUGGGCAGCUAUAUUCUCUCUGUUAGAACGACACAAAGAUCAAAUAGGAAUACAGGAUUAUUCAGUAAGUCAGACCACGCUGGAACAAGUCUUCUUAUCCUUCGCUAAAUCGCAACGAGGAGAGGACGACAGCAUUGAAGCUCCUGAGCUGCCAGUACAGGACGAUCUAUUUUAACACUACUAGUUUAAUUAGUUUAUAUCUAACUAGUUUAUAUUUGGGAUAUUGCCAUGAUUAUGAAACAUUAUGUAGUAUCUAAUACUAAAUAAAUUUGAUAUUAUGUAGUAUGUAACUACACUUUGUUUAUUUGUAAUUAAGAAAACAUAUGUUUUCCCGUGUUGGUUUAAGUUUACCUUUACGAUCAGAUGAUUUUUAUUUGUUUGGUAUUGAUUCAGUGGGAAUGGGAUAGCACAUGUCAAUAAUGUUGUUGUAACCGGUAUUGUAUGUAGGUAAAUGUGUAUUUAUUUUAAUUAGAUUGAUCUGUAUUUGUUUAACUCUACUGUUAAAUAAUGAUUGAAUAUUAUAAUCAUUUUCUUUGACAUUUUUAUUAUGUCUGUCUUAUGUAUUAACGAUCUUUUGUAUAUUAAUCGAGUGCUGUUUUGUACAUUUUAACGAAAUGACGAGGUAAAGAGGAGAUUUGAUUGGGGUCACGGUAUGUACGAUAUGUACGGUAUGUACCUGACCUUGUAUAUUGUUUGUAACUGAUUAUUUAAACUUUGUGUGAAUAC